GUGUAUUUAUAACUCAUCAUAACAUAUCUCCUCUGCCAUUACCAUAGGCCAUAGCAAUCUCUUUUUGCUUUUCUCUCUCAUUUUCUCCACCGUAACCCUCUCUCUCUCUCUCUCUCGCUUUUUUCACUCUCAAGUCUCGAAGAAAGAGUUUCUGCAAGGUGGUAAAGAUGGUGAAGAUAUGCUGCAUCGGCGCAGGCUACGUGGGCGGUCCAACAAUGGCCGUGAUGGCUCUCAAGUGCCCCGAGAUCCAAGUAACCGUCGUCGACAUCUCCGAGCCAAGGAUCAACGCUUGGAACAGCGACACGCUUCCCAUCUACGAGCCGGGCCUGGACGACGUCGUCAAACAAUGCAGAGACAAAAACCUCUUCUUCAGCACAGACGUGGAGAGACACGUCUCCGAGAGCGACAUCGUCUUCGUCUCGGUCAACACUCCCACCAAAACGCAAGGCCUCGGAGCAGGCAAAGCCGCUGAUCUCACCUACUGGGAGAGCGCCGCUCGGAUGAUCGCCGACGUGUCAAGAUCCAGCAAAAUCGUCGUGGAGAAAUCAACCGUUCCCGUGAGAACAGCGGAGGCUAUUGAGAAGAUACUGACGCAUAAUAAUAACAGCAGAGGGGUAGAGUUUCAGAUUUUAUCUAACCCCGAGUUUCUCGCCGAGGGUACUGCGAUUAAUGAUCUGUAUACCCCUGACCGUGUGUUAAUCGGUGGGAGGGGUAGUCCAGGUGGACAAAAGGCUGUUAAAGCUUUGAGAGAUGUUUAUGCUCAUUGGGUUCCGUUGGAACGCAUCAUCUGCACUAACCUCUGGUCAGCCGAGCUCUCAAAGCUCGCGGCGAACGCCUUCUUGGCUCAGAGGAUAUCGUCCGUCAACGCCAUGUCGGCUCUGUGCGAGGCCACGGGAGCUGACGUGUCACAAGUUGCACAUGCGGUUGGUACGGAUAGUAGAAUCGGUCCCAAGUUCUUGAACGCGAGCGUGGGUUUUGGCGGAUCGUGUUUUCAAAAGGACAUACUCAACCUCAUCUACAUCUGCGAGUGCAACGGCUUGCCCGAAGCAGCUAGCUACUGGAAACAAGUCAUCAAGGUCAACGACUACCAGAAAACCCGGUUCGCGAACCGGGUGGUUUCCUCGAUGUUCAACACGGUCUCGGGCAAGAAGAUAGCGAUACUCGGUUUCGCGUUCAAGAAAGACACGGGGGACACUAGAGAGACGCCAGCCAUCGAUGUCUGCAACAGGUUGGUCGCCGACAUGGCGAAGCUUAGCAUAUACGACCCGCGAGUGCUCGAAGAACAGAUCAGGAAGGAUCUUUCCGUGGCUAGGUUUGACUGGAACCAUCAUCAGAUCAAAGCUGAAGGUAUGUUGGAGCAGGUGAGUGUCGUCUCGGAUGCUUACGUGGCGACUAAAGACGCGCAUGGCAUUUGUGUGUUAACGGAGUGGGAUGAGUUUAAGUCCUUGGACUUCGAGAGAAUCUUUGAGAAUAUGCGUAAGCCUGCUUUUGUGUUUGAUGGUAGGAACGUUGUUGAUGCGGUGAAGCUGCGUGAGAUUGGGUUUAUUGUUUACUCCAUUGGUAAGCCGCUUGAUUCGUGGCUCAGGAACAUGCCUUCUGUGGCAUGAAAAGGAGACAACAACUUCUUAUAUAUAAUAUAGUAUUGAGUUUACUUCUGAUUUCUAAACCUUGUUGUAACGUCUGAAUCUGCCUAAGUUGGAAGAGUAUAUGAAUACAAAAUUUUAUAUAUCUAUAUAUAGUAAAAUCUUCCUAAAAUGUAACAAAUGUUAUGUUUUUUUUUUCUCUGUUAUUUCAAAUUGGGUUUAAUUGUU